AUGGACAGUCUUAAUUGGCUUGCAAAACGUAUUGGUCCUGUAAUGACCAAUAAAUAUAUUAUCAAGUAUUUGUUAGGUACGCUUACAUUAUGCUAUGAAGGUAAAAAUCAAUUAUCUGUUAACAUUGCAAGUAUGCCUUCAUCAGAGAAACAACAUAUCAUGUUUCCAUUACAAAUUAAUAAUCGUCCAUUAAUUGGUGAUCGUGCAGCGUCAAGUGUUCUCAGGUGCUUGGAACAAUUUGUACAAAUAUAUGGAGUAUCUUUUGUAUUGGAUAUCUAUUUACCAUUUGUAGUAAAAACAGUCAAUUCAAUUAUUGCUUGUCUAUCUUGUGGAAACACAACCAACAACAACAACAAUACCACUACGACUACUAAUAACAAUAAUAGUAGUAAUAAUAGCACUACAGACUGUUCUACUGAUUUAACAGAAAAUUUGAAUCAAAUAAAUAUUUCUACACUAUCAGUUGUAUGGAAUUAUCGUACUUUGGCUAGACUUAUCGCAGCUCUUAUGUUGUUCUAUCAAAUUAUCAUGUAUUUACCGGAUAAUGAAUUAGUUGAACAAUUACAAGAAUCUGUACUACAAGAUGUUCUUAUCAAAGCUGUACGAAUAUCUGGUCGCUUUGAUAUAUCAUUUCCCGGUGGAGUUGUUGGACGUCGGGCUGUUUUGUACAAAUUUAUUGAUGUAGUAUUUGUUAUUGGUUUACGUGUUGGUUUCGAAUUAGCGCGCACACAGCUGACAUCUAUAUUUCAAGUAUUUUUUGCACUUUUUGAUCGAGUAAUCAAUACUACUGUUACAAAGAAUAUUUUAUCAAAUAAUAAUUAUCAAGUCAAGGAGGAUACUUCUACUGCUACGACACUACUACUACUACUACUGCCACCACUAAUGGUAUUGUUGAUACCAAAGUCAAUCAAGUUAGCUCUAAUGAUACAAAUUCGUCACAAACUUCUAGUUUAA